ACCACCCUGAAGUAGGGCUGCAUCUGUGCCAUCAAGAUUUCAUCAGCACGUUGUUGGUCAUUCUCUGUUUUAACUCUUGUAUAGCUGAAUUUACUAAAAUGGGCUACAAACUUCAGAAAAAAACAAAGCAAGCGCAGAGGCUAGAGAUUGCCCCACUACACGAAAAUCCUCCACUCCCAUCGAUAAGGAUUGAGGAUCCAUUACCGAAAAAGGAAAAGUGGAUUAACAAACAGCGUGUACUUGUUUUCGGCGCUCGUGGAAUUAGCCACAGGGACCGGCACUUGAUGCGAGAUAUCAAGACACUGAUGCCGCAUCAUCGAGGAGAAUCAAAAAUGGAACGCACCAAAUCCCUUUCGGUGGUGAAUGAAAUGUGUGAAAUGAAACACUGCACCAAGGCAAUUUUGUUUGAGGGGCGCCGUAAGCGUGAUCUGUACAUGUGGUUAUCUAAUGCCACUGGAGCUGCUGGUCCAUCAGCCAAAUUCCUUAUUGAGAAUAUACACACCAUGGCAGAGCUUAAAAUGACGGGAAACUGUUUAAGAGGCUCUCGACCCUUACUAUCUUUUGACUCUAAGUUCGAUGAGCUACCACAUCUCCAAUUAUUGAAGGAGCUCUUUGUACAGAUAUUUUCAGUACCAAAUCAACAUCCAAAAAGUCAGCCGUUUGUAGACCAUGUGUAUACUUUUACCUAUUUGGACAAUCGCAUUUGGUUUCGAAAUUUUCAAAUUCUAUCUGAGGAUGGCGGUUUGUCUGAAGUAGGCCCUCGUUUUGUCAUGAAUCCCGUAAAGGUAUUUGAAGGCUCAUUUACUGGGCAAGCCAUCUGGGAAAAUGCAGAUUAUGUGAGCCCAUCAAAGCAGCGCCAAACACUGAAAAAGGCCGCAAAAGAUAAAUAUGUAAAUCGUGUUGAGCAGAAAGUUCAUCAAGAAGCAUCGCGGCCAAUAAUGGCCUAUGAGGGCGCCGAAAAUGAAGAACUGUUUGAUGAUAAAGAUUCUAUUGAGACGGCUAGGUUGCUGACAGCAAAGGCUAAUAAAAAGACAGAGUAUAAGAAAACCCCAAAGCCGUUAAUAACUCAAAAGAUUAAGGAAAAACAGUUCAAGGUAAUUAAAAAGAUGAUCAAGCAAAAGAAAGAUAGGCAAAAUAAGCGCAUUUUAAAAAAGGUUUAAAUAUAUAUUAAAAAAUAUUACAUUCAAUAAAUACAUACAUAUAAAAAAAUAAAAUCAAUUUUUGUAUAAAUAUUUCAUUACAAAAUUAAAAGAAGUUUAUUUAGAAAACUCUA